CACGUGCUCUGUGACGUCAGAGCAGGAAGUGUUUGAGGACGUCGCGCUGGGCUGGGAGGUUUAAGAUUCCCGCAUUUUAAUGUCUUUGGGGAGGUGCCAUAAGCCCCCGGUUUUUUCACCUCAGCCCCGCCUCCCCCGCCCCGGGGAGCGGCUCCCCUGCCCUGCGUCCCUGACGACAGAGUUAGCACGUCCUCAGUAUGAGCUGGUCACCUUCGCUGCCAACCCAGACAUGUGGGGCCUGGGAGAUGAAAGAACGACUUGGGACAGGGGGAUUUGGAAACGUCAUUCGAUGGCACAAUCAGGAAACAGGUGAGCAGAUUGCUAUCAAGCAGUGCCGGCAGGAGCUCAGCCCCCGAAAUCGAGAGCGGUGGUGCCUGGAGAUCCAGAUCAUGAGAAGGCUGAACCACCCCAAUGUGGUAGCUGCCCGGGAUGUCCCUGAGGGGAUGCAGAACUUGGCUCCCAAUGACUUGCCUCUGCUGGCCAUGGAGUACUGCCAAGGAGGAGAUCUCCGAAAGUACCUGAACCAGUUUGAGAACUGCUGUGGCCUGCGGGAAGGAGCCAUCCUCACCUUGCUGAGUGACAUUGCCUCUGCACUUAGAUACCUUCAUGAAAACAGAAUCAUCCAUCGGGAUCUGAAACCAGAAAACAUUGUCCUGCAGCAAGGAGAACAAAGAUUAAUACACAAAAUUAUUGACCUAGGAUAUGCCAAGGAACUGGAUCAGGGCAGUCUCUGUACUUCCUUUGUGGGGACCCUGCAAUACCUGGCCCCGGAACUCCUCGAGCAGCAGAAGUACACAGUGACUGUGGACUACUGGAGCUUCGGCACCUUGGCUUUUGAGUGCAUCACAGGCUUCCGACCUUUCCUCCCUAACUGGCAGCCCGUGCAGUGGCAUUCCAAAGUCCGGCAGAAGAGUGAGAUGGACAUUGUUGUCAGUGAAGACUUGAAUGGAGCGGUGAAGUUUUCUAGCUCCUUACCCUAUCCCAAUAAUCUGAACAGCGUCCUGGCACAGCGACUUGAGAAGUGGCUGCAGCUGAUGCUGAUGUGGCACCCACGACAGAGGGGCACCGAUCCCGUGUAUGGUCCCAAUGGCUGUUUCAAGGCCCUGGAUGACAUCUUAAACCUAAAGCUGGUUCAUAUCUUGAACAUGGUCACAGGCAUCAUUCACACGUAUCCAGUGACAGAGGAUGAGAGUCUGCAGAGCUUAAAGGCCAGAAUCCAGAAUGACACAGGGAUCCCCGAGGAGGACCAGGAGCUGCUGCAAGAAGCUGGUCUGGCAUUGAUCCCUGACAAGCCGGCUACUCAGUGUAUUUCAGAGGGCAAGCUGAAUGAGGGCCGCACAUUGGACAUGGAUCUCGUUUUUCUCUUUGACAACAGUAAAAUCACGUAUGAGACUCAGAUCUCGCCACGGCCCCAACCUGAAAGUGUCAGCUGUAUCCUUCAAGAGCCCAAGAGGAACCUCUCCUUCUUCCAGCUGAGGAAAGUGUGGGGCCAGGUUUGGCACAGCAUCCAGACCCUGAAGGAGGACUGUAACCGGCUACAGCAGGGACAGCGAGCUGCCAUGAUGAAUCUCCUCCGGAAUAAUAGCUGCCUCUCCAAGAUGAAGAAUUCUAUGGCUUCCAUGUCUCAGCAGCUCAAAGCCAAGUUGGAUUUCUUUAAAACCAGCAUCCAGAUUGACCUGGAGAAGUACAGUGAGCAGACAGAGUUUGGGAUCACAUCAGAUAAACUGCUGCUGGCCUGGAGGGAAAUGGAACAGGCUGUGGAGCUCUGUGGGCGGCUUUUUCAUCAGGAGAAUGAAGUGAAGCACCUGGUGGAGCGGAUGAUGGCACUGCAGACUGACAUUGUGGACCUGCAGAGGAGCCCCAUGGGGCGGAAGCAGGGGGGAACGCUGGACGACCUAGAAGAGCAAGCGAGGGAGCUUUACAGGAGACUUCGGGAAAAACCCAGAGACCAACGAACUGAUGGUGACAGUCUUGAAAUGGUCCGGCUGCUUCUUCAGGCCAUCCAAGGCUUUGAGAAGAAAGUGCGAGUGAUUUAUACGCAGCUCAGUAAAACUGUGGUUUGCAAGCAGAAGGCUCUGGAACUGUUGCCCAAGGUGGAAGAGGUGGUGAGUUUAAUGAACGAAGACGAGAAGACUGUUGUCCGGCUUCAGGAGAAGCGGCAGAAGGAGCUCUGGAAUCUCCUGAAGAUUGCUUGUAGCAAAGUUCGUGGUCCUGUGAGUGGAAGCCCAGAUAGCAUGAAUGCUGCUCGCCUCAGUCAUUCUGGUCAGCUAAUGUCUCAGCCUUCCACUGCCCCUAACAGCUUGCCUGAGUCUGUCAAGAAAAGUGAAGAACUGGUGGCUGAAGCACACACGCUCUGCACCCAGCUAGAAAAUGUGAUGCAAGAUACCAUCAAAGAGCAGGACCAGAGUUUAAGGUCUCUAGACUGGAGCUGGUUACAGACGGAAGAAGAAGAGCAGAAUGGCCUGGAACAGGCCUCUUGACUGUGUGGGUGGCCUUGACCACCUGAUGGGACUGCCUGCCCCGAGGCCCUCCCAUGGUGGCCCCCGCUGUCAUGAUGUCCCAGCAGUCUUCGGCACCCAGGCAAAGAUCUUCUCACUUCCCCAGGAGUUGUGACAUUCACCGUGGGCCAGGGCUGGCGUCCUCUGCAGGCACCGCCAGCAACUUGUCUGCACACUGGAAGUCUGCGUCUUGGAGGCUCAGCAAACACUGAUGCCAAGCAUGAGCAUUUAGGGAGACCAAGCCACUGCAGCUGCUUCCUCUGGUCUGGAAAAAGUUCUCAAAGUACUUUGCCCCACAGAUCACUGGACAAAUGUCUAACAUGACUCUUUCAGGACAAACUGUGGAGGACGCUUGGUGUCAGCCUGCCCUCUCCUGACCCCUCCUGAUCUCCAGAGGUCCUGAUCCGCCUGUCCUCACAGCUAAUGUUUCAUCUGGAUUUGGAACUAAACAGACUUUUAAAUUGUAGACUUGGCAUGGCCCCAUCCUUUCUCUUCCUCUUUUCAUUUCACUGCUGCUAAAAUUUCCCUUUUACCCACUACUUUGGUGGUCGUGCCCCCAUUGGCAAGGUCGUAGGUGAAUGCCAGCUCUCCCCAUCUGUAGCCCUUUCAGCCACAGAGUGACCUGCCAGCACCAGGUCAGAGAGCAGCUUCCUUCCUUCGGGUCCCGGAGACUACCUGCGAAUGAGCUCUUGUGCAGAAGAACGGAAGAAAAAAAGGGUUUCUGUCAACCACAAGUCUGCUGACCCCUGUGCCCACACCUGUCCCUGCUCAGACACAUCUAUGUGCGGUGGUGCUGGGAUGGGGGAGCGCCUGUUUCUCAUAUCAUCUAGCAGUAUUAUUAAAUUGACUUAUUUAAAAAAUAGUUUCUAUAUUUUGCAACAUGACUCAAGCAUUUAUACUGGGUUCCACAACCUGUUUUUGGCAAUAUUUAUGGUCAGGACUUAGGAACUCAAAAACCAGCUUAAUGGAAAAUGUUAUAAAAUUGAAUAGUGCCUGGAUCUGAUGUUGUCUUAGCACAGCACUGCUUCUUUGACACUUCACAAAAGUUCUUUAUGUUAAAAGCAGGAAAACAAAACGAGUUUAGAUGAUCACAAAUAGGCGAGUUUGGUCAGAAAAGAAAGUUGGAAUAGGAGGAUUUUACAAACUGGCUUCCAUGGAAACAGUACAAAGGGUUUCAGGGCCAAGUACAUUUAGGAAAUGCUUCAUGCUUUAAUUGCCUCUUGGAGAUUCCCAUUGUACACUGGCAUAGUAAAGUUUCUGAGAGUCCUACAAUAAUAAACUGGCUUAACUGUGUAAAUCUACUGUUUGCCAAAUGCCUUUGACAGCAGAGCCAUUUUUCCCCCAUGUGAGUGUAACAUUUGAUACAGCAUGAUUUUGGAAACACUGGUGAGGAACAUAGUGGGAAAUAAGACCAGAACAGGAGGCUGCGAUGGAGCCAGACUGGGGAGGGAAUGAAUGCGAGACUAAGGGUUAUGAGCUUCACUGAAGAAUUUUAGCAAGAAAAUGACAUCACCAAAGCAAUGGUUUAAAAAGGCUAACAUAGGGGCUCCGGGGUGGCUCAGUGGGUUAAGCAACUCUUGGUUUUGGCUCAGGUCAUGAUCUCACGGGUUCGUAAGUUCGAGGCCCACAUCAGCUCCACACUGACAGUGCAGAACCUGCUUCGGAUUCUCUCUUUACCUGUCUGUCUUCCCCCACCCCAAAUAAAUAAAUAAACUUUAAAACAUUUUUUUUUUAUAUUAAAGGAAAAGACUAACUGGAAUAUGCUAAUUGAUUAAAAAAAGUGAAAACCGGGAGAUAGGACUUGUCCUUCCAAAAUGAUAAGGUAAAUGUACUUUCCCCUAUUCCUCCCUUUAAGUAUGGCUGAAACCUGUCAACAUUAUCUAUAAACAAAUAGAGGAAGACUCUGAAAGGUAGAAGCCAGCAGACCAUCUAGGGACCUUGGACCUGAGGAAGGACGUGGUGGGGAGUUCUGUGGGCUUUGCUUUUGCCUCAUCUCUCCCCAAUCGGGUGCUGGAGAAGCCACCCCAGAGGCACGACUGAGGAGACUGGCUCCCUCUAGCGGUAUUAGAUUCCCAGGGCUGCUGUAACAGAUGGCCACAAACUGCAGGGCUUAAAGCACCAGAAUUUUGUUCUCUCAAAGUUCUAGAGGCCAGAAGUCAGAAAUUAAGAUGCUGGCGUGGCUACACUCCCUUCAAGGUUUCUAGGGGAGACAUGUUCCUUUCCUCUUCCAGCUUCUGCUGGCUCUAGGUGAUCCUUGGCUUAUCGGUACAUCUGACCAGUUUCUGCAUAAGUAGUUAUAUUGCCUCCUUUUCCAUUUAUCAAAUCUCUCCUGUCUCUAGAGACAGGACCCAUUGGAUUUAGGACCCAUUCCAAUACUUUGGGAUAGCUCCUCUUCUCAAAAUCCUUAAUCACAUAUUUUGCCAUAUAAGGUAAUACAGGUUCUGGGAAUUAGGUCAUGAACCUACUUUGGUGGCAGGGGGAGGUCACUGUUCAACCCAUUACACUAGUCAAAGAGCUAGGACAGGGGCAGCCUAGGAACACAGAAAAUUUUUAAACAAUAACCACUCAAUUUCAGUUAACACUACAGAAAAAAAAAAAAAAAAAUGUCUUACCUCUGCUAGAAAGACCAGAUAGGAAGCUUAAACUUCACCAGGUGAGGAACUGGGACUUUCACUGGUGCUAAGCAGUAACAACGUCUCCCCCCGCCACCCAUUUCCAACAUCCCGCUGGGUUAAAUGGAGACCGAAUGGGGAACAGUAAGGAGGCACCUUGCCCCUUCCAACCAAGUUGGUAUUGGUGGAGUAAUGAAGAGCCCUUCCCACUCAGGUGUCAGCAGAAGCCAAGUGGGAAGCCUGGGCUUCCACUCACCCUUGAUAGAAAUGAGACAGCACUCUGCUUUCCCUGCUGGAAUAAUGUCAGAGCAGACCUGCUAACACAGAAGAAUUAAAUAAAAUCCGGAGUCUCAUCACCUGAAAUUCUGAUGUCCAGAUUUCAAUCUAAAAUCACUCAUCAUACCAAGAAUCAGGAAACCUCAACUGAGAAAGGAUAAGACACUGAGGUGGCAAAAAUUUAGAAUCAUCUAAGAGGGUUUUAAAGCAAUCACCAUAAAAAAAUGCCUCAAACACUUAUGACCUUGCUUGAAACAAAUGAAAAAAUACAAAGUCUCGGCAAAGAAACAAGAUGCGAGGAAGAACAAAGUGAAAAUUUUAGAACUGAAAAAGACAGUAACAAGUAAAAAUGUCAAUGGGUAGGGUCAACAGCAGAAUGCAGAGUAAUAAACCAGUGAGCCUGAAGAUAGAACGAAAAUUUCCCGACCAAAACAACAGAGAAAACAAAUUGGGAAACAUAACAACAGAGCCUCAAAGGCCUGUGGGAGUGUACUAAAAGAGCUAAUAUUGAUGUCAUUCAAAUCCCACGAGGAGAGAAGAAAGAGGGUGUGGUUGAAAAGUAGUCAAAGUAGUAGCUGCAACUUCCCCAAAUUUGGCAAAAAACAAAAAUAAAACACCUUAUAUAUUCAACAAGCUGAGCAAACCCCAAACAAGAUGAACUGACACAAAGAAAGAAGUCCACACAAACACAUAUAGUCAAGCCUCUAAAAAUUAAAAACAAAGGAAAAAAUGUGUAAAUCUCCAAGACAUGUAUUUUACUUUUGAGGGAAUAAGGUGGUAGAAAUUAUUUGAAUGACAGUGGAUUUCUUAUCAGAAAUGAAGGAAGCCAGAAGAAAUGACAUGAUAUUUUUCAAGUGCUAAAAGAAAAGAACGGUCAACCCCGAAUCCUUUUCCAGCUAAAAUAUACUAGAGGUACACUCAAAAAUGUCAUCUGAAUGAAGGACAAAGUCAUGAAAUUCUCAAAUGAAAGAAAAGAGAAUUUGUAGACAAUAGACAUGCCCUAAAAGAAUGACUAACUGAAGUUUUUUAAAUAGAAAGAACAUGAUAAAAGAAGGAUUCUUGGAACUUCAGAAAAGAAGGAAGAGGGGUGCCUACGUGGCUGAGUCAGUUAAGCAUCUGACUCUUGAUUUCGGCUCAGAUCAUGAUCUCAUGGUUCAUGAGUUCAAGCCCUGUGUCAGGCUCUAACUGACAGUGUGGAACCUGCUUGGAAUUCUUUCUCCCCCAGUCUUUCUGUCCCUCCCCAGCUUGUGCUCUCUCUCUCUCUUUCUUAUAAUAAAUAAAUAUUUGGGGGGAAAAAAAAGGAAGGAAGAAUUAAAUAAGGAGUAAAAAUAUGGAUAAAUACAAUAGACUUUACUUUUCUGGAGUUUUCUAGACUAUGUUUGAUGGUUGAAACAAAUAUUAUGACAUGAUUUGAUAUGGUUCCCAAUCUAUGGAGAGGAAAUAUUUAAGAUAAAUGUAUUAUAAAUAGAAAAGGGUAAAGGGAUAUAAAGAGAGGCAAGUUUUCUAUACUUAAAAUGAAUUCAUAAAGUGACACUUUAAACUCAAGCAUCAGGUAAACUGAUAAGAUUACAUAUGUAAUAUGAUAUCUACAGCAACCACUAAAAAAAGCUACACAAAGAUAUACACUUGGAAACACUAUAGAUAAAUCAAAAUGAAAACAUUUUAAAAGUUGAUUUGUUUUGAGAAAAAGAGCAUGCAUGCUGGAUGGGAAGGGGCAGAGAGAAGGAGAGAGAAAAAUCCCAAGCAGGCCCAACACAGGACUCAAACUCACGAACCUUGAGAUCAUGAUGUGAACCAAAAUCAAGAGUCAGAUGCUUAACUGAUUAAGCCACCCAGGCGCCCCUCAAAGUGAAAGUUUUAAAAAUGUUUACAUAACGUUAAGGAAAGCAGGAAAAAGAAAACAGAAAAAGCACCAAGAAUAAGCAGGAAACAAAAAAUUAAAUGGCAUAUUUAAGCCUUAACACAUAAAUAAUUAUAUUAAAGGUAAAUAGCACGAAUGGAAGGUACUGGUGGAAAUGGAAAGAGUGUAGAGAAUGUGAGUGAUAUGAACAUUUAGUAACAUAUUCUAUGUAUAUAAGUGCUUAGUACAAAUUGACAAUACUCUAUUUACUAGUCAGCGGAGUGCUGGUUUUAUCUCUAUCCUUUGCUUCUGGACCCAUUCUGAUUAAUAAAUAUAAGGUAGCAACUCCUUUUCCCUUCAUGUCAUCUUGACUCCAAUUUACGUGAAAUUCAAAAAUUUUGAAAACAAAGCUAUUAUGGCAUACAAUUUGAUGUCCCCAUUGAUAGAAUUUCCUAGAAAAGUGUUGUUCAGUAGAACGUUGUGUGAUGAUGAAAAUGUUCUCAUCUGCAACGGCCAGUAGGUAGGUAGCUACUAAUGACACGUGAGUGGUGAGCACAACUAAGGAACUGAAUUUUUACUUUAUACUUUUUAUUGGAUUUCAUUUUAAAUGUUCAUGGCCACAUGUGACAAGUGGCUCCUGUAUCGGACAGAGCAGUUUUAGAAGAAAAACACAGUCUUUAAAAGCUGCAUUUGGAACAGAACCAGCAUUUAUGGAUUGGCUAGUAUCUGCCAGGCAAUGAAAUAACUUUACUUGAAAUACACGUUUCAUCAACUCUAGAAAGCACAUUUUUUUCUCAGUGGGAUAUGUCUUUGAAUGUGUGGCAUGUCACAGAUAAAGGGGUCAGGUGGCAGUUGUGUCUGUUGUCAUUUACUUGUGGGAACUUGGUCCUAGCUGUCUCUGCGGAGCUGUAUCCCUUUGGUAUCACCCAUGUGGAGUUGAAUUGCCUUUUAAAAUCUCUUCAGAAAGAUUUCCCUUUUGGUUUGAUUUGAGAAAUUUACCGUGUACCCAGAAAGGCAUAAAAACAGCAGUGAGCAUAAAUCUGACAUGGUCAAAUGAAUACUUCUUGAGGAGAUAUGACGAUAAUUCGUUUCAAAGUAACAGCCACAUUCUUAGGGGUUCUAAGACAAGAAUAUACCUAUGGGUAGGUGAGGCUGUCUAUUUGUCACUGAAAUACGAGCAAAAGGACUGCUUAUCACAUGUCCAGCAAUGCCACUGAAGGCAAGAGAAAUUGCCAAAUCCCUCAGAAUAGCUGGAAAAAUUCAAAGCAACAAGAGGCUUUGUGUGUGACUAAUCCAUUUCUCAUCCAGGAUUAUAGUUAAGACAUUGUGCCAUAGUUUAAUUGAUAGCAUUUUUUUCUUAGCAGUACAUAAAAUUAUGGCCUUUCUUACAAUUUAGUGGGUUUAAGAUUGUUAAAAUAUAUAUAUAUAGUCUUCUAUAGUCCUCACAAUCCUAAUGAAGUAAGUGCUAUCAUUAUCUUCAUUUCGUCCAUGAGGAAACAGAGGCAUGGAGCGGUUUAAUAAGGUUAAAUUAAAUCUGACCUUCUUGAGAGGGCCAAGAGGUCUCCCAAAAGCGACUCUUCAUCCUGGAGGGGCUGUAGGAGUGGGCAGAAGUCUCACUGCCUCCCGGUUUGUUGGAAUGAUGGCCCCCAUGGGGUGUUGUGCUCCUGCACAAAUUCCUGUGCACUAACGUCAGGAUGUUCAGAGGUUUUUAAAAACUUAUUUAUUAUGGAGAUUUGACAAAUAUACAAAUACAGACAAAAUCAUGUAGUAAAGUUCUAUAUUCUAAUCGCCCAGAUUCAAAUUUAUCCAUGCAUGGUCAAUCAUAUUAUUUCCUCACCAGCUGUUUUAUGAAUGAAGAAAAUCUCAGCCAUCGUAACAUUUCACCCAUAUGGAUUUCAUUAUGUACCUCUAAAAGCUUAACCCUUUUCUUGUUGUGAUUUCAACAUAACUACAAUACCACUUUCAUAAUUCUUUCAUUCAGGAUCCAGUCAAGGGAAUGAAACUACACAGCAAUUUCAACAAGGAAAGUUUCAUUUAACAGGGAAUUGGCUUCUAACGGGUAAAGAUAACUAAGAAUGCAGGAAUAGCUAGAAAAGAAUAGCCACUACCCCAAUGGCUACAGAAGUCCCACCCCAUCCCCAAGGCUGAAAGCCAGACAUCAUCAGAGAGGGUGUGGCGUGGCCUGCCACUGCAUGAUGGAGAAGUUUCCAGAGGCCCCGAGUUGGCAGACUUAGGAAACUGCUCUCUGGCACAGCGUAGGGUGGGGAGCAGCUGUCCAUUGGGAGGAACUGCACCCCACAACUCACUGAGAAACUGCCAACGGGAGGGGCACAACACCUGUAGGGUGCCAGGGGAAUCUUCCUGCUGGUUCCACACACUUUAGGAGCUGCCCAUAGGAUCCCACCAGUGUCCUUCCAGUGUUCCCUGUGGCAAAGUUUAAAAUUGUGCCAGGUGGCAAGGGAGAGAUGUUCCAGUAUAAAAAAAAAAAAGACAA